AUCCCCACCACCCAAAAUGCCAGCAUCAUUCCCGAAUCUAAUAAUCCAGCACCUGUAGUCUCUCUCAAGCGUAUCAAACUAAAUAAGAGCUUCCAGCCCACGCCAGCUCGGAUUUGCUUCUUCUCAACCCCACCUAAGAGUCCAAGCACGCUUCAUCCGUCGGCCAGAUUGAAUUGCUGGUGGAUAGUUUCGGAGCUGCUACUGCUGCCAUGGUGACAUCGCUGGUGUCGCCUCGUAGAACGUCGAUCAGAGAAGCGCUGUUCAAGAGUAUUGGGGGUGGGGCUCACUCUCCCUCCGACCACCACCAACAGAAGAAGAAGAAGAAGAAGAGAAGGAUCCGCUCUUCUUCUUCUCUGUCCUCAUCGAUGUAUGGAUGUCAUGAGGAUGAUGAUGAGGAUGAUGAUGAUGGUGAUGGGAACACCAUGGAGCUUGUGCAGCUUGGAGCAGAGAGGACUAAGAACGUUUUGAUAUUGAUGAGUGAUACAGGCGGCGGUCAUCGGGCGUCUGCAGAAGCCAUUAGAGAUGCUUUCAGAUUAGAAUUCGGAGACGAAUAUAGGGUGUUUGUAAAGGAUGUCUGGAAGGAGUAUGCUGGUUGGCCUUUGAAUGACAUGGAGAGAUCAUACAAAUUCAUGCUGAAGCAUGUUCAGCUUUGGAAGGUUGCCUUUCAUGGGAGCUAUCCUCGCUGGGUUCACUGCGGUUAUCUUGCAGCAAUUGCCGCCUUUUAUGCUAAAGAAGUGGAGGCCGGACUGAUGGAGUACAAGCCAGACAUUAUCAUAAGCGUUCAUCCUCUCAUGCAACAUAUUCCUCUAUCGGUGCUUAAAUGGCAGGGCCUUCAGAAGAAAGUGGUGUUUGUCACAGUCAUUACAGACCUCAACACCUGCCACCCCACAUGGUUUGUUAAAACAAUUUCAGAUUCUAGUUAUCUGAAUGUUAGCAGGAAGGCAGUCUUUUUUUUUUUUGGCAGCUUCCAAAUGAUAGAAAGUUCAAUCUGCUUCAGGUUUCACAAAAACGUUGAUAGAUGCUAUUGUCCCUCAGAGGAGGUAUCAAAGAGGGCUUUAUUGGAUGGCCUAGCACCUUCUCAGAUUCGGGUGUUCGGCUUGCCUGUCAGACCAUCUUUUUGUCAUGCAGUCCUUGUUAAGGAUGAACUAAGAGAAGAGCUGGAGAUGGACCAUCAAUUGCCUGCGGUUUUGUUGAUGGGAGGAGGUGAGGGAAUGGGCCCAGUCAAGAAAACUGCAGAGGCCCUUGGAGAAGCACUGUUCGAUGAAACUCUUGCAAAGCCAAUUGGGCAGAUUGUUGUCAUAUGUGGCCGUAAUCAAAUUCUAGUCUCUGCACUGGAGUCGAUUCAAUGGAAAGUCCCUGUGAAGAUAAGAGGAUUCGAGACCCAGAUGGAGAAGUGGAUGGGAGCCUGUGACUGCAUUAUAACAAAGGCAGGGCCAGGUACAAUUGCUGAGGCUUUGAUCAGAGGACUUCCCAUCAUCCUCAAUGACUUCAUCCCGGGACAGGAGGUUGGAAAUGUCCCGUAUGUUGUAGAGAAUGGUGCAGGAGUCUUCUCUAAAAGCCCGAAGGAAACAGCUAAUCUAGUCGCUCAGUUUUUCGGUCCCAAAUCAGAUGAGCUUAAGAGAAUGUCACAGAACGCACUGAAACUUUCACAGCCGGAUGCCGUGUUCAACAUUGUCAAGGAUAUUGAUGAGUUGGCACAUCAACGAGGGCCCAUGGCCAGCAUCCCCUAUUCGCUAACCUCAUCAUUUUCAUAACUGAUGUAGCAAGCAUCUCCAUCAGCGGUGCUGAUGUUGGUUGACUGAUUAUACCAUGUACAGCUAGAUUUUCCGAUUCUUUGGCCUUAGGUAGGCUUCCUUGGCUAAUAAAUCCUGUAAAUGUUCAAGCAGGUUUUAUUUCCUGGGGUUUGGGUGUAUCUUUUAGGUAAGAGUAUGAUUUUUUGUAUCAUAUUAAUGUGUUUUAAUUCCAGUAGUUUUUCUCCUUCCUAAUCA